AUGAAAUCGACAAAAAACUUAACAAAAGUGACCCCAGUGGAAAUUAAAUCCACGAAACAAAAACAGACCCAAACAAAUGAUAUUCUAAGCAAAAUUCAGUGCAUUGUCUAUGUUCAAGCCAUCCUUGGAAUAAAUCGUACUUAUUUGAUUAAUAGCGGAAGAUUUGUAAAAUGGCUUACAAAAACAGUGUGUAUAAUGAGGGGGCAUGUGAAGAAGAAUUUUGAAGGGAAAGAAAUGAAGGAGUCUAGUAAAGUGGACGCAUUAGCAAACAAUACCCAGCUGGAUACCAUUUCAUUGCACAGAACGUACGAGUUGUUGCACAAGUGCGCCGAACAGCUCAACUCCAUAAUGAGUUUCCCGAUGAUGAUUGCCUUGUUUUGUUCGGGAUUAUCAACCACGAUGCUCCUAAAGAGUCUAUAUCAAGCUUUGCAAAUAGAGAACUCCAAUCCGCUUAUGAAGCAGUUGGUUAUUAUAUACUGUGUAACUAGGUGCAUAAGGUACACAAUAUUGGUAGUGAUUCCUUGCUACUACUCCAGUGUCACCACAAGACAAGUAUUCUACAUACGAGCUACGCUGCAUGAAGCCGCCAACAGUGGUCAACUUGAUAUAAUAGAAAAGAGGCGAGUGAAGACCUUCUUUCAUUUGACCCGAGAGAAUGAAUUCGCGUACGCUCUCUGGGGGGUGAUCAGACUCAACAUGUCUUUGCCUCUUAGCUACUUCAGUCUUUGCACCACCUACCUUGUUAUCAUUAUACAGUUCUCUAAGUUUAUUGACUGA